ACAGUAAGCACUAGUUACAAGGCCAUGAAUGCUUCCAUCAACGUGCCCGAAGCUGGUGGCACAAAGGUCGAAGCAUCCCGACGAGGCCUUCAGUCCCUGCCCAUAGAACUCCUCGCUGAGAUAUGCAGCUACUUUUGCGCCCACUGCGCGAGGAACCGACGAGGAGACACAUGGCCCUUCGACGGUAAGCACGACCACGGGGGGAGCUUCGGCGGGCCAAUUGAGGUGGGCUCCCGCACCGCCGGCGGCUCUGUGAUCCUACUCAACAUGAGCCGUGUGAACAAAACUUUACACGCCGUGGCAGGGGAGUAUCUAUGCCAUCGCGCGAGCCUGCGGGGGCCGGCGCUUUGGUGCCUUCUUAACAACUCGUGGGACCAGCCACAUCGCGCGCCGCGAAUCCGCGAGGUCGAGGUUGCGUAUGUCGAUAUCUUCCUAUCUCCUGGGGAUCUUCCCCGUCCCCCCCCUUACCCCUGUCGUCAAUAUGCUCCGCGACUAGCCUUUCAAAAUCUCCUUGUCGCCGUUUUGCAGCUCCCGAGCCCGACUUUGACGUCACUCAGAAGACUGGCAUUCAGCUCCAGCCCAAGUUCUCACAACCGUCUCGACUACACCAUCCCCCUUCUCGCGACAGCCCCCAAUCUUGAGGUUUUGCAUUUUUAUGACUGUGGUAGCUUUCAUACCCAGCCACAACCGCUCCAGAACCUCACUGAGCUGAAGCUUGCAAACACUUGCUUGUCCCUUCGCGACCUCGACAUCCUUUUGCCCCCGGUUGGGCCAAGACUUUGCAAGUUCAACCUCGGACAAACAGCAAAUACGGCUUAUCGGGCGCCCGGUGUCGGAUUCGACGAGCUCAUCCGGGUAUUGGCCCCGUGGAAAACCACGCUGAAGGAACUGAGCUACACGACGGGUGAACGUAGGGUAUUAACUGGCCCCGAUUUCCGCGGCCUCUCUCUGCUGCGCUGCUUGGACUCGUUGGAGAUGCUCUGUACCGAGGCAUGUUUCUUUUACGACCGCCCACACUUUACACCUAGCGAAGUUUUAAACCUCUUCGCCUCAACCCUUCCUUCCUCGAUUUGCGAGGUUAAGCUUCGCGGAUACCACCACACUCUCAACCCUGCCCUACGGGGUUUACUUGCCAAAGUCGAGGCCGGUCGCUUUAGGAGGUUGCGUAUAAUCGAUGUCGACGCCGAUACUUUCGAUCCCUUCAGGUUUGAUUACUCGGAAGUUCAUAUCGCUCCAUCGUGGGUCCAAUCGGAACUCGAGGCUAUUCGCGCUUCGUUCCAAGCGGUGGGGGUCGACUUUGUCACUCUUAAUAUUGAAUACCGGGGGGACUUGGGCUACUAG